AUGGACGUUGCUGAAAUCACAAAUUCUUCCCUUUUUGUUUUGUUGUUUUUCUUUUUUUACGCUUUUUCCCUCUUUAUUUUUCUUUUCCUCAUUUUUUCUUUUUCCCAUUAUUUUUCCUUUUUUUUUUUCUUUUUCUCUGCACUUUUUUCUUCUACGGCCCUAUCCAAAAUCAGCAAGACCAAAUUUUCAGAAAAUGGCUUUAAACUUUCUUUUCCAUUUUUCUCUCUUUCUUUGUCUUUGCCUUCUCUUUCCCACUCUUUUCUUAUUCUUUUCUUUUCUCUUUCACUCUCAAACACUUUCUCCACCCCCCCUUCUCUUCUUUCUUUCUCGCUUUUUCUGACUCUCUCCUUUCGAUGGACCAAAGCUACCAUCGCCUACGCUUACCGCACUUCGACGCACAAGAUACGAACCAGAUAUUUGUUUCGCGCCAUUACUUGUCACGUGAUGCGACAAUUCAUGUCGACAAAAAAGGCUAUACACUUCCGCUUCAAUGGCCGACGUCUGCGGCUGCCAGUUUUUGCAGACAAAGUUAUUUCUCUUGUACCCCAAAAAUGA